GUCAUAUUCUGUCAGUAUUGACAUACGCAAACCUGCAACUUUUUUUUUCUGUCUUCACCCACUUUCCCCAUUUCUUCCAUUUUACCCUCUUUUCGCAUCCCUUUUUCAAAACAUUCAGUACUUUAUAUAUAUUCUUUAAAGUAUUUAAAAAGAUAAUUCGAGCUAUCCAAGAUGCCACCUAAAAAAGCAGCAGCACAAGGAAAAGGAAAGGCCCCAGAGCCCAAACCCAAAAAAGACCCUUCGAAAAAAGUUGCAGACGCCACCUUUGGUCUCAAAAACAAGAAUAGGUCUACCAAGGUACAGACGAAAAUCAAGCAAAUAGAACAAAAUGCAAACAGUACCAACAGCAAGGAGGCCAAACGCCAGGAAGUCAUGCGUAAGCGUCGUGAAGAGGAGAAGAAAGCGGCUGAACAGGCAAAGGCUGAAGUUUCUGCCUUAUUUAAUGCUAUACCCAAGAAAAAUAACGGCGAACAAUAUGUUAAUCGCAAAGAAGAAGUCAAAGAGUCUCAAAAAAUCGACCUUUACUCAGAUGUUCGUGACAUACAAACGGAUUUGCCUCCUGAAAAACGCCCUUGGGUAAAUACUGACAUUGUUUGCAAGUUUUUCUUGGAAGCUUGCGAACAAGGCAAAUAUGGUUGGCUUUGGCAGUGCCCUAACGGCAACAUGGCUUGUAUCUACAAGCAUUCUUUGCCUCGUGGAUACGUUUUGGCCCGUGAUAAGAAGAAGGGUGACAAUGAAAAGGAAGAGAUUAGUUUGGAAGCAUUCAUUGAAAUUGAACGUUAUCGCUUAGGUACCAAUCUCACUCGCGUUACCGAAGAGAACUUUAAACAAUGGUGUGAUAAGCGCAAAGACCGUUUGGCUAAGGAAGCUGAAGAGCGCCGUAAAAACCGUCCCACUGGUAGAGGCAACAUGACUGGUCGUGAAUUCUUUCAACGUAAUAAGGGCAAGGUUAAAGAGAACCUUGAUAUUGAAGGCGAAGAGAACUGGGACUUUUCUGCUCUUCGUCGUGAAACAGAGGCUUUGCGAGACACUCAAGAAAAUGACACUGCUACGUCUGCCGCUUAAAAAAACGGUUUUGUAAACUUCAGUUUUUUUUUUUUUCAAGUUUUGAUAUUCCUUAUCUGAAAUUUAAAAAAAUCUUGAUGGUUGCAGUGUUUUGGAAUGACCCUAUUUACUGGAACUUUUAUUUAUCUCUUUUUUUUUAAAAGAAGGAAAAAGAAUAGGUUCAUUCGUUUGAUGGGUUUUUUGUUUUAUUGUUAAUAUUUCUAUGGUUCUAUAAGGAGUGGUGAUGUUAAUUGGUUGUCUAUGUUGUUUGUAUUGGCUUUUUAUAUGGGUAUCCUACUGAGUUUUCAUUAUGUACAGAUGGAGGACAACAUUUUUUCGCACAUAAAAUUAAAGUGUUGGAAAGUCGGAUAGCGUUAAAAAGCCGAAAGAAAGCGAUUUUGUUGUGUCUUAAAAAGUAUUACAAAUUCGACUCUUGUUUGUUUAUGCUUCGGCGUUAUAAUGAAUGUAUUAGAAAAUAAAUUUUUAUUCAAGUUGUGAUUAAAUUUUUGGUUUUUUUUUUGAAGUUCCUGACCCUUAACUAUUUGCAUUGACAUUGACCGUACACAUGUUGGUAAAAAUUUCCCAAUUUUCCAAUUUUGCAUACUUCCUAUUUUCUUGCCCACAAGGAACCAAGGAAUGCACUUCCAAUAUGCAGACGUAAAAAAGGUUUAAACAGGUUUAUUCUCUAAUGAAAAAUUAUUCUGCAUAGUAUUUGCCUUUCGUCCCUAAAACAGUAGUUUACCAGAUAAAACUUUCACCCUUAACAACGUUUGUUAACCACUUUCGUAUUGCGAGUUGCGUAACAUAUCGUUAAACCGAGUGAUGAAAGAGACCAUGUAGUGUUUGGCUUGGCA